AUGCCGUACAAAUUGGACGCUGUCUUAAUGCUCUUAGCAGCUGGGGAGUUUUCAGUAGGCGUCUUGGGAAAUGCGUUCAUUGGACUAGUAAAUAUUGUGGACUGGAUAAAGACUAGGAAGAUGGCCCCCAUUGACCUGAUCCUCACAAGUCUGGCCAUUUCCAGACUCUGUCUCCUAUGCGCCAUCCUGCUUGACUGUUGUCUUCUGAUUGUGCGCCCCGACCUCUAUGAGCAUGGCACUCGCCUCAUGAAGAUGAACAACUUCCUCUGGACCCUGACCAACCAUUCCAGCGUCUGGCUGGCCAGCUGCCUCAGUGUCUUCUAUUUUCUCAAGAUAGCCAACUUCUCCCACCCCCUGUUCCUCUGGCUGAAGUGGAGAGUUGACCGGGCAGUGCUCGGGACUCUCCUGGGGUGUGUGCUGCUUUCGGUGUGUCUCACUCUCCCAGCCACUGAGAACUUGAAUACGGAUUUCAGACAAUGUCUCAAGGCCAAGCGGAACACAAACGUAACUCUGAAGUGCAGGGCAAAUAAAAUCGGGUACAUUUCUUUGCACAUUUAUCUCAAUCUGAUAAUGCUCUUCCCCUUUUCUGUGUCCUUGGUCUCCUUCCUCCUCCUGAUCCUCUCCUUGUGGAGACACAAGAGAACCAUGCAGCUCCAUACCUCCGGGCAUGGGGACCCCAGGACCCAGGCCCACGUGGGAGCCAUGAAGGCCGUCAUCUCCUUCCUCCUCCUCUUCCUUGCUUACUGCCUGUCCUUCCUCAUAGCCACUUCUAGCUACUUUAUGCCUGAGACUGAAUUGGCUGUGAUUUGGGGUGAGUUAAUAGCUCUAAUCUACCCUUCUAGCCAUUCAUAUAUCCUAAUAUUGGGGAAUGGUAAAUUAAGACAAACAUCUAAAAGGGUGCUUUGGAAGGUAAAUUAUUGUCUCAAAAGAAGAAUACCUUAG